AUGUUAUCCAAGACGAAUUGGAUAGUGCAGAAGUUCGGUGGGACCAGCGUGGGUAAGUUUCCCGAACAGAUUGUGGAUGAAAUCAUAAAGGUAUACACCAAACAGCUCCAUAACGACGUGGCAGUUGUGUGCUCUGCGCGCUCGAGCGAUACCAAGGCCGAAGGUACCACUUCCAGGUUGCUGAGGGCGUGUGAUAUGGUGUGCAAUAACGAUGCUGACUUUUCUAGUGUUGUGCAGAAAGUAAGAGAGGACCAUGUUGAAAACGCCAGACAGCGCAUUCAGAAUGCAAAGUUGCAAGAAAAACUCAUCAAAGAUACGGUCGCGGAACUGGAAAUCGUCGAGAAAUACUUGAACGCAUCGUUGGUUUUGAACGAGGUGUCAUCGAGAACCAUGGACCUUGUCAUGUCAUGCGGUGAAAAACUCAGCUGUCUUUUCAUGUCUGCGCUUUGCAAUGACCACGGCGUGCCUUCUGAGUAUGUUGACUUAUCGUCAAUCAUCCCACAGGACUUCGAGUGUCCAGAGGGCACUUUGGACGCAAGUUUCUACACGUUUUUGGUGAACGCUUUUAGAGAUCGUCUAAGACCAGUGUUGGACUCACAAGCCCAGGGAAAGCCAAUUGUUCCUGUGAUCACAGGAUUUUUCGGUCUGGUGCCUAUGGGGCUUUUGAACGGUGUUGGACGCGGUUACACAGAUUUAUGCGCUGCAUUGAUCGCUGUCGCUUUAAAUGCCGAUGAGCUUCAAGUGUGGAAGGAAGUUGACGGUAUUUUCACUGCCGAUCCCCGUAAAGUUCCACAGGCCAGACUACUCAGUAGCGUCACGCCUGAAGAAGCAUCGGAAUUGACUUACUAUGGAUCUGAAGUCAUUCAUCCUUUCACCAUGGAACAAGUUAUCAGGGCCAAGAUCCCAAUUAGAAUCAAAAAUGUCCAGAAUCCAAGAGGCGAAGGUACUGUCAUAUAUCCUGAUAACAUUGCUAAGAAAGGUGAAGCCACCCCCCCACACCCCCCAGUGACAUUGAGCAGCUCAUUUUUCGAGCAGAAAAGAAGAGGCGCUACCGCUAUCACUAGCAAAAGCGACAUUGUUGUUGUGAAUAUUCAUUCAAACAAAAAGACUCUUUCACAUGGAUUUCUCGCACAGAUCUUCAGGACUUUGGACAAAUAUAAAUUAGUGGUCGAUUUGAUCUCAACGUCAGAGGUUCACGUUUCUAUGGCUCUCCCAGUUCCUGAUCUAGACUCUUCUAAGGCCUUGAAAAAGGCUGUUGAUGAGUUGAAGAAAGUAGGAACUGUUGACUUGACCAAAAAGUUGGUUAUCGUAUCACUUGUGGGUAAACAGAUGAAGCAAUUUAUUGGUAUUGCUGGAACUAUGUUUACAACCUUGGCCGAACAUGGGAUCAAUAUCGAGAUGAUUUCGCAAGGUGCAAACGAAAUCAACAUUUCCUGCGUCAUCGAUGAGGAAGAUGCAAUUAAAGCACUACAAUCAAUCCAUUCCAAGCUUCUCGACGAAUCAAGUGAAAGCAGUUUGGGUAAAGCCGUUAACGAGAAAUUGGAACAAAUAAAGAGACUUGAAUUGUAA